AUGCUCAAAUCAUUGAAAAAUGCUGAUAAAACGGUUCUGGCUAACAAACGCAUUACUUUCAAGCGCGGGUUAGCCACAUCGCGAACUUUGCUUACAGCUGCGGACUUCUCACACGCCAUUGUAGGAGGUGGGGUAAUCGGCCUAUCCAUUGCAUUCGAAUUGAGUAAAAUCCCGAGCAAUCGGAUUGUUUUGAUCGAAAAAAAUGUAGCCCCAGGACUUGAGACAUCAAGUCGCAACAGUGAAGUAGUACACGCUGGUUUAUACUAUCCAUUAAAUUCACUUAAGACUAAAUUUUGCUUGGAAGGUAAUGCAAUUAUUCAUCAUGAGAUGUCUAACGUGGAUAGUGGAGUCGAAUGGAAAAAUUGUGGCAAGUGGAUAGUUGCACAAACGGAGGAGGAAACAGCUGCCGUAGAGGCGCUGUAUAAGAAGGCCACGCAAGAUUUAGAGCUUCCAGUAGAGCUCAUAACAGGGCAAGAAGCCAAGUUGAUAGAGCCUCAUGUUAGUGUUCGAAAGUUAGUUCUAAACUCUCCUACCUCAAGUAUCAUCGACUCGCAUUCUUUGAUGCGCUAUUUGGUCACAAACCUAGACAAUAACGGGGCAGAAAUAGCUAUUGGUACUGAGCUUAUCGAUAUGGAUCAUGUAAAGAAUAUGGGCUACAGCUUACUUUGCAAGUCAACUGUGAACAACUCGGAUGAAACCGUCAGUAUCUCUGUUGAAAACGUGGUUAACGCAGGUGGCCUAUACGCUCACAAUAUAGCGAAUAUGCUGCUUCCAAAACAUCGAAAGUGUCAGCAAUUUUUUGGGAAAGGAAAUUACUUUAGUUUGGUCGGCUCAAAAUUUCCUAGUGUAAAUCGUCUUAUCUAUCCAGUGCCACCGAAAAACGGAAUGUCGCUAGGCACUCACCUUACUCUAGACAUGAACGGUCAGAUAAGGUUUGGUCCUGACUUGGAAUUUGUGAAUGACCCAACUGAUUAUGACGUUAGCUGCUCAAACGUCGAAGCUGCAUCGACGGCCAUUAGAACCUAUUUCCCGCAUAUUACCAGCAACGAUCUUCAGCCAGCAUACAGCGGAAUUCGGCCCAAGUUGAGCAAGCCCGGCGAUAGGGAGUUUAAAGAUUUUUACAUAUGCGAAGAAGAUGGGUUCCCAGGAUUUGUGAACUUGCUGGGCAUCGAAAGUCCCGGCUUAACCUCGAGCUUGGCAAUCGGGAGGUACGUCCGUAAAUUAUACCACGGUUAA